AUGAAACUUCAUAGCUUCGCCAUUUUUGCUCUUCUUUUUCUAUCUUUAUCAGUAUUUUGUGAAGGUAUUACCGGUGGAUGGAACCCAAUCGAAAACAUCAAAGAUCCACAUGUGUUGGAGAUAGCUCAAUUUGCAGUUACAGAGCAACAAAAACAAUCUAGUGUUAAAUUAAGUUUGGUGGAAGUAAUUAACGGUGAGACUCAAAUUGUUGCAGGAGUAAACUAUCGUCUUGUUUUGACGGCAAACGAUGGAUCUGUUACCAAGAAAUAUCAAGCUCAAGUUGUUGAGCAACCUACCAAUACCAAAAUCCUCACUUCCUUUACAACUCUUCCUUGA